AUGGGUACUAAACCACCCAUGAUAAUUAACGAGGUGCUAGCAUUAUUGCAGCAUAUCCACCACUAUGUGGACGAAGACGACAUCUUGGAGACCAUCAAGUCCUUCAAGAAGCAAGAGAUAAACGAUGCAAGGUGGCUACUGUACGAGACGCUUGACAAAGUUGAGCAGAUACCGUCUCGCCGAAGGGAUAGCACCCUGAAUCUUAUCCAGGAUAUUACUACCCUGAUGAAGGAGACUGACCCGAAGGACAUGCCCGAUUUCGUGGUAAAGGACGUAUUUAAGUUACUGCCCAUUACGUUUGACCACUUCGACUUAACUAAAGUUCUAAAUGAAAUGGAAUCCAUGAAAAAUAACCUGGCUGAACUGCAGUCAAAAAUGAAGGAGUCAAAUAACAUCAUUUGUGACCUGCGUGCCGAGGUAGUUCAGUUACGCAGCGCUGUUUCAGUGAGUAAGUCACCUGAUACUUCCAACGUGAACGAAGAACGUAAAGCAGAAAGUGCUGCAACCAGCACUGAGUCCGCGGUGGCGAGUGUGUCACCAGUUGAACCUGAAAGCGCAGCCUCGCACACCGCUGCCGCCAGCACUACCACAGCGGUGCAGGAACAGGCACGUGCUAGUACUUCGACCUCUAUUCGUGCUUAUGCAGAUGUCGCGGCCGCUGUCGAAUCGGUAUCAUCACAGAAAAAGAAAGUGGUCCAGGCAAAGCGGGACCAAGCAAACCAGACGAGUUCGAAAAAGGACACGAACAACACGUUGACCGCAAAUGUUGCCAAUGCAGAGGUAGCCCCUGCCAGCCAGUCGGUAUCAACGCCGAAGAAGAAAGUGGUUCCACCAAAACAAGACCAAGUGAGCCAGAUGAGUUCGAAAAAGGACACAUGUGACGAUGAUGGCUUCAUCAAGGUGGAAAAGAAGAAGAAGAAGAAGCCUGUUUACCGUAACCAGUGUGGUACCCUUCCGACGGAGCCCGACAUGGUGCUGCGGCCAGCAACACCCACGACGCAGCUGUACGUGUCCCGCCUGCAUCACUCCACGAAGGUAGAGGACCUCGUGGAGUACAUAAAAUGGCAGACACACUGGACACUGAGAGUCGAGAGGUUGGAGUCGCGCUACAAGAUGAACUACAAGUCGUUCGUGGUGCGGGUUCCAUCAGAUUCUCUGGAUACCUUCCUCAAGGAAGAGUUCUGGCCGAAGGGUGUCGUGUAUCGCCGUUUCCGUGGCCGGCUACGCGACACCAGUCAGCGCGAGACGACGCCGCUUCUUCGUGUACACUAG